GAAAACAGAGCACUCUAACAGUAAGAGCACAGAAUUAAGGUUGCUUAUGCUGUUUGGGAUGCUAAAGAAUCCCAUCUCUUCUUACUUUCCUUUUCCCAUCCCCUAGGAUCUGUCCCACUGUAGUCUGAUUCCACUUGGAGCCCAACAUCUGAGAGGUAAUUUGUCACUUCUGAAUGUGCAGAACAUUGACAUUCUCCGUGAGAAGAGACAACAUUGAGUAGUGGACAACAAUUUUGGCGUCUCUCCAGUUCAGCUCUCAGUGUCCCCUUGUGACUGCUUCAUAGCCAGCAGUUUUGGCUACUUGCUUCUGAUACUAUCUUUCUGAUAACAGAGGAAACCCUACUGUCUGCCCAUUGGUUUCAAAUACUGGCACUCAGUUCUCCUUAGUCUCACUUGAUUCCAGAAGAUACAAUGGAGAAGUACACAGAAACACCACCUAGCUUGCAGGUAGAGCAUUCCUCUCUUCAGGAAGAAAAUCUGUUUCUGCAGCCACAAAUACAGCAUCUGACAGAAGAGAACCCUGAACUGAGGGGCCAAAUCAUGCCUGCCCUGGCCACCCCGUUGAUGUCUGUACCCUGCUCACUUGAGCAUCUCUCUCAGUUUCAUGGUGACCCUGACAAUCUCUUGACGACUGUCAAGAUCCCCAAUCCUGCAGAUGAUGUCCAAGUCAAGUUCUUUUUAAACUACCUAGCUCAGCAGAUGGAAAGUUGUGGAGUCAUAUCUGGGCCUAACCAGAGCACUUUGCUGAAACAAUAUGAAAAGUUUGUUUUUGAGUUCCAGCAAUCAUUUGGUGAGCCUACAAAACAGGAAACAGACCCCAUGAACAAAGAGGACAACUCCUCUCAGCAGAAUGCUUCUACUUUCAAUCUCCUUGCUCAAAAUCUGAGCUGUAAUGAAACCAAUCAGAGUGACCACUUCCAAGAGGGACUAGCUGACCCCAUCCAGGAUGAAGUGAGUGACACAGAUAUGAUGGACAAUCUUCCAGACCUGAUCACUCAGUGUAUUCAGUUGGACAAGAAACGUAGUGACAGGCCAGAGCUCCUACAGUCAGAGACGCAGCUCCCAGUGUUGGCUUCCCUGAUCCAACACCAACCCUUUUCCAGCCCCACAGAUGUAUCAGCCAAGGAAGAGCCUAUACAGUUGCGUGGAAGCCAGCCACCUCUCACCCCAGCCAAACGAGCCCGCCAGCAAGAAGCUCAGCUGUGCCUCUACUGCAGCCAGGCUGGUCACUUCACAAGAGAUUGCCUUGCCAAACGUUCUCGGGCCCCAGCAAGGAUAAAUAACCCAACUCGCCAGUAAGAGAGCCCAGGCAGGUCACUUUGUAAACUUAUAUCCCUCUCACCUCCAGCCUUAUUAAUUUAUAUCCCGCAUUAACAUUUCAAAUACAGGUGGGGAACUGUGAUACCACUUCAUAGACAGUCAUGAACUUAUGUGAUUCUGGGAGUUUAAAUAAUCAGAUCUUGUUCAUUUGGUGACCCAUCACCAGACCAAACCAAACCCAACAAUGAUGAAAACAAUUCGCAGGCACUCUCUGCAUUUGGAACCAAUAACCCAAGAGUACUGAAACUCUGUAGGCAAAACUGGCCAGUCUAAGCCAAUGAAAAUAUCCCUGGAAGUACCCUGGGAACUCCAUUCCCUCCAGUGAAUGAGAUCUGGGUUGAGUUUGUUGGCCUAAGUCUUCUGGGACUAAGAUUAGGCCCAAGACUUUCACCUUCACCCUCAUUGGUCUAUAUUCUAGUUCCCUGUUGGUUUAAGACCUUCGGUUGAAUUCCUAAUUACAUCCCAUAUCCUACCAACAUUUUUCUACUGGAGGCUGGAACCUGCUCCACCUAUUGAAGAGAGGCCAGCUUCAACACAAACCAACCCUUAUGGAAACACAGCUCUACUCCCUUUCAAUACAGCUAUGUAUUUUGUUGCCAUUUAAAGACUUCUGCUUACCCAAAAAACUGGAUCUCUUGGCUAUUGACUAAACAGAUGGCAUGGCCUUUUGAACACUCUGAUUGGAACUGUUGGUCCACUUCCUUGAGAACUAGCCUUUCAGGCAGGUACAUGUUUUAGUAAGGCCCUAUUAAUUCCAGAUUCCUCCCCUCUUCCUCAAUAACCUUUUUUAGGUUAUAGUAUGUCUAAUAGCCAAGUCAAAAUGAUCUAGGAUAAUGACCUCUGGCAAAUAUUUAGUGAGAGUUGGGGAAGGAGUCUUAUCAUAAUUACUAUGUCUAUUAUACCUGGCAGGUAAGGGAACCUAGCUAAAUAAAUCUCCACUAAAGACAUAGAGUCAGACCCUGUAGUAGUUUCUGACUCCAUAGGCCUUAGUGUGGUCACCAUUUGGGAUCACUGCCCAAAUGUUGAGUUCUAUACCCUUAUGGACCACCUCUGGGGAGCCUCAUCUAGUUGAGAAUCUUGAAAAGCAAUUAAUGGUAGACAAUUCUCUGAACCAUCCCAUCUGAAAAAUCCUGGGGCAAAUAUAUUAACACCAUCCAUACAUAAAACUUAAGAAGAAGUGAGGGUUUGAUUGCUAGUGUUGUGGUUUUAGCACACAGCUGCUCUGUGUAUGGAUUCCUAAUGCUUCUGAACAAAAGUAGUGCCAUGUUGGAGAGACACAAUUUUCUAAAAUGUUAAGGAUGUGCAGUGAUAAUUGAUGUUUGCUGGUAAUCAUCAGUCCUCUGUUCCUUGCUUCUUGGUGCUGAUGUAUGUCCCCAUAAUGGAUUUCAUGAAGAAAAAUCAGUAAUUCCUAGCAACCAUCAAGACCUCUCAGAAUAUGAAGCGUCAUUGUACUUUGGCCUUGUUCCUGAAGAAUGAUACUAACUUUGACAGUACUUAAACCCAGCUAAGGCCUUACUGUUUUCAUCCUGUAGCACUAACAAAUAGAUCGUUUUGUCCAUCAAUGCCUCGCUAACCACCGUGCCAAUCCUUAUUUGCAUUCACAAGAGGUUUCCUUUAUCAACAGUUUGCUAUACAUCCACCUUACUCCAUAUGCUCUCAUAACAAGGAGACCAGUUGUGCCAAGAAAUUCGCAUGUGGUACUGGGCUUGUAUGAAAGCCUCUGACAAAUAGAUCUUUUCGAACUUUAAGUGUCUUGCAAUUGCCUGGAGUUAUCCUGAUCUAGCACCACCAGUUCUGUAAUAAAGAACUAACCCAAUAGCCUCCAGUCACUUUCCUUACUGACCCCAGUAUGGCCCCAGAAUGCUGAUGGUAGCAUUCAGUUGGCUUCAUCACAAUCUUUCUUUAUAUUAGGGAUGCAAUUUGUCAUUGUGUGCUCUCUCACAAAGAUGCAUCACCUUAUUUCUUGUUUGGACCUUCCCUCUGCAGCGACAUCACCUUCUUCUCCAAAAAAUCUUCAGUUUUCAGAGCCUCUCAGAACAGAUUAAUUCUGGGCUAUAAAACCUCUAAUUUCUAGAAGCCCCUUGUUGAGGAAUGCUCAGACAAGAAAUUCUUAUGCUCUAUGUGAUACAAUCCAACAGGCAUACUGAGCAUAUGAAUAAGAUACUGGGAUAAUGCUUUACUGUCUACUAGCUAGCAAACAUUUUAUUUACCCCUUCAAUAUUUUGUUAUAAUGGCACCAUUCACUUCAACUAGAAUAAACUCUUUAUUUAGCAUAGAGUUCUACAGACGUUUGCCCCCAAACUUAUACCAAAGUGAACUUCUCUGAGAGUGCAACUAAUUAAAAUCUACUGAGAACACAUGAGCUAUAACCUACUUAAAGAUGUAGUCUGCAACUACAAAGGCUUGGGGAGCCCCCAGGUCCAAUCAAGAUUGUAGUUUUAGGGAGGCAGAUCUGCUACAUGAUUGCCAUCCAGCAAGAUAAAAUCUAAUGAUUUUAUGAUAAGUCUGAAGAAAGAAUGGUUAACAAGAGAAUGGUCUUCAGGGAGUCUAGAAAAGGGGGGGGAUUAAAGAACCAUAGGGCAUCUGUAAUCUCUCUAGACUAAGAGAGGGGAUAUCGACCAAGAGCUGAUUUCGUAGGUCUAUGUACAGUGGAGCGGAGGCAUCAGGCCAUUCCGAUUUGUGUAAUUAGCCAUUAAGGUUGCCACCUAACUCCCUUUGCUGUGACCCCAUGCUCUAAGAAGUAAUAUGAUUGUAAUUAUGUUCCCAUAUAAACUUUGUUGUGGGGAGAAAAUUUGCUAGCCAGCUGACAUGAGUAUUAUAGCCUACUUAGCAGUUAAUUCUCAUUAUAAAUAAAUAAAUUGGUUUUGGCUUAUACAUCA